AUGCCGUCGCAUUCUGGCCCCCGGAUGGGGCCCAAGGUGUUUUUGUUCGGACCUCAGGCACUAGGUUUCGAUAAAAAUCUCUUUGCAACACUCCACAGCCAUUUAUGCGACCGCUGGGCGCUGGAUGCUUUAUCUGACCUGUCCGAUGCUUGGGAGAGUCUGGUCAAGCAGGUGCCAAAACUGCAACAUGUGGAGGGUGAACGACUAUUGCGAGAAUUGCAUGGGGCCUUGCAGACGGGAAGCCUGCCAGACUCUCUGUUUCCCCUACCCAAUAUCCUGCUCUCGCCUCUGGUGGUAAUUGUUCAUUUGACCCAGUAUCUCGCCUUUGUGAGAUCUGCGUUUCCGGGGCUUGCGGAUACCGACGAGCUACCCCCAUCCGCCUUGGAGGCUUCGGAGAGUCUCGGGCUAUGUACCGGUAUCCUAAGCGCCUUUGCUGUGAGCUGUGCCUCCAGCCUAGCCAAGGCUCAGCAAUAUGGUGCCGUGGCAGUGCGGUUAUCGACGCUUGUUGGUGCGCUCGUGGACGCAGAGGAGGCAUCACCGGACACAAGUGGGACCGCCAUGUCCUUCUCAAUGUCAUGGAAUGCAUUGGAGUCUCGUGCCAGCGUGGAUGAAAUUUUGGCAAAAUUCCCAGAGGCGUACAUCUCCGUUUUCGUUGAUGAAAAGAGGGCCACAGUGACUGCCCCAAAGAAAACAGCUUCUGCUCUGGUUGCACAACUCAAGUUGUCUGGUGCGCACAUUACUGAAGUUGCACUUUCUGGUCGGUUCCAUUGGUCAAAACAUAGUGAAGAUGCAAAGAAACUCAUCUCCCUUUGCGACCGUACCCCCUUGUUUCAGUUCCCCGAUGCAUCUGAGAUGGUCUUGCCAAGCAGGCUGAUCACUGGAGGCCGUCUGCAUGAGAUUGCAUUGCAAGAGAUUUUGCUCAAACCAUCCGAAUGGCUGAGAUUGUUCAGCCUCGUUCAUUCCUCACACAUUGAUGCAGGUGGCGCGACUUUUGUCUGCUUUGGCCCAGAAAGAUGCGUGCCACCGACAAUGACAAGGAAACUAGGUUCUCAACUGAUUCAUAUCUCUGACAUUGAUAUGUCGAUCUCCUCUCUACCGAGUGCACUUCUCCGUCCAAAUUCUGCAACGCCCCUCGGCAGUCUACCAGAUGAUCAGAUUGCUGUGAUUGGGAUGGCUUGUCAUGUUCCUGGAGCGGAAGACCUCGACGAGUAUUGGAGAAUCUUGACCAGCGGCCAGUCACAGCACACUGAAGUCCCAUUGGAGCGCUUCAGUAUGAAAACGGCGUUUAGGGAGUUCGAGAGGGAUCGAAAAUGGUACGGUAAUUUUUUACGAGACUAUGACACCUUUGACCACAAAUUCUUCAAGAAAAGCGCGCGAGAGAUGUCGUCCACCGACCCGCAACAUCGAUUGGUAUUGCAACUUGCAUAUCAAGCCAUCGAACAGUCUGGGUAUUUUGCAGUUUCGGAUCCUAGCAAGCACAUCGGAUGUUAUAUUGGAAUCGGAAACAAUGACUACGAACAUAACAUUGCUUGCCACCCAGCAAACGCUUAUUCGGCCACGGGCAACCUCCGAAGUUUCGCUGCUGGGAAGGUCAGUCACUAUUUUGGCUGGACAGGUCCAAGCUUGACUAUUGAUACCGCUUGUUCCUCAUCCGGCGUCGCUAUUCACCAAGCGUGCCGCGCUAUCCUCCACGGCGAAUGCACUAGCGCACUGGCGGGCGGAGUCAAUGUCCUCACCAGUCCCGAAUGGUUCCAAAAUCUGGCUGGUGCCUCUUUUUUGAGCCCGACUGGACAGUGUAAGCCAUUUGAUGCAAGAGGGGACGGAUAUUGCAGAGGAGAUGGCGCUGGUGUUGUCUUUCUCAAGCGGCUGUCCUCCGCCAUUGCAGAUGGAGACCAGGUGCUUGGGGUGAUAGCGAGCACGAAGGUGUACCAGAAUCAGAACUGCACAGCAAUCACAGUGCCUAAUUCGCUAUCACUGGCAGAGCUUUUCCGGGACGUGGUGCAACAGGCGCGCCUUGAGCCACAGGCUAUUUCUGUAGUCGAAGCCCAUGGAACGGGGACUCCAGUGGGUGACCCCGCGGAGUAUGAUGCUGUUAGAAGGGUGCUGGGGGGCUCAGUACGCUCGGACAACCUCUUUUUGAUGUCUGUGAAGGGUCUACUUGGUCACACUGAGUUUGCAUCGGGCGUAGUAUCCUUGGUGAAGAUCCUGCUCAUGAUCAACGAGGGUUUCAUACCCCCACAGGCUAGCUUCAAGUCUAUAAGCCCUGCCCUGAAGGCUGGUCGUCAAGACAUGAUAGAUAUUGCGACGCGUCUAACGCCUUGGAAUGCCGACUUCCGUGCUGCUCUUAUCAAUAACUACGGCGCCUCGGGCUCUAAUGCAUCAAUGAUCGUCACACAGGCACCGAAGCCCCGCGCUUUGACUUCGAACCCCUCGCUGAUAUCCACGUCUGCUACAAGCUUUCCCUUUUGGUUUUGCGGAGUUGACUCACAGAGUCUUCGAGCAUAUGUUACCAAAUUCAGGUGUUUCAUUCAGGACAAUGCCGGCUCAGCCAAGGACUUGACGGCGCGCAAUUUGUCAUUUCAACUUUCCCGCCAGUCAAAUCGCACUCUUCCUAAAGGCUUAAUACUCAAUGCCGCCUCUCGCACCGAGUUGGAGGAGAAGCUUCUGGCCUUUGAAGAAGGGGAUAGGAGCAUCGUAGAAAUUGAAGUUCCCCCUCCUCGUCCGGUCAUUCUUUGCUUUGGCGGCCAGAUCUCCACUUAUGUCGGCUUAGGAAAGGAUGUCUACGAUCAGGUCGCCAUUUUGAGAAGCUACCUGGAUCAGUGCAACGAUAUAUGUCUCUCGCUAGGUCUCGGCAGCAUCUACCCCGCUGUUUUCCAAAGGUAUCCAAUCAUGGAUACGGUGGAGUUACAAAUUGCACUCUUCGCGAUACAGUACUCCUGUGCGAGAGCGUGGAUUGACUCCGGAGCCAAACUGACCGCAGUGAUUGGCCAUAGCUUUGGCGAGUUGACAGCUCUCUGCAUUGCCGGUACUUAUUCUUUGACUGAUGCCCUCAAGCUGAUUUCCGGUCGGGCACGUCUGAUUCGCGAUAAGUGGGGUUCUGACAAGGGAUCCAUGCUCGCCGUGGAGGCAAACCUUGCUGAUGUGACAGCAUUGCUGUCCUGUUCAGACAAGGCGGAUGUCUCCAUUGCCUGUUAUAAUGGUCCCAGAUCCUUCACCCUCGCGGGUUCGACGGAAUCCGUUCAAUUAAUUGAGGAACUCGCACGGAGCAGCCCGACCUUCUCUGGCAUGAAGCUCAAGAAGCUGAAUGUGACCAAUGCCUUCCAUUCUACCAAAGUCGAUCCGUUGAUGAGUGAUCUGGAAGCACUAGGUCGCGAAAUCCAUUUCAAUGAGCCAAUUAUUCAGGUUGAAGCAGCGACUGAGACAAGGUCUAGCCCAAAACGCGGGUCCCAUUUCAUUGCCCAGCACUUGAGAAACCCGGUCUAUUUCAACCAUGCAGUCCAACGACUUGCUGCAGAUUACCCGGCCGCAAUCUGGCUUGAAGCUGGAUCAAAUUCUACGAUUACUUCAAUGAUCAGCAGGGCGCUGGGAAAUUCAAGCUCUCCCCACCAUUUCCAGUCUGUCCACGUUACCAGUGAAGAAUCCCUCCCAUUUUUGGCUGAAGCAACAACGAAGCUGUGGAAAGAAGGGCUGAAUGUGUCAUUUUGGGCACAUCAUUCGAAGGAGACGUCUAAUUACACACCUGUGAUACUCCCUCCUUACCAGUUCCAAAAGGCGAGACAUUGGAUGGACUUGAAGGAGGUUCCUGAAGUCAAAGCCUCUAUCAGCGAAACUGUGCAACCUCCAAACCCCCCCAAGGGCCUAACAACCUUCAUCGGUUAUGAAGACGAGGCAAAGCAGUCUGCCCAAUUCCGAGUGAAUACAACCUGCGACAGAUUCCAGCAGCCAACAUUGGCGAAUAUUGCUCUGAAUACCACCCCCAUAACACCUGGCAUGCUUCAGAUUGAAAUUUCACUCGACGCGAUGAUGAAUCUGCAACCUGACUUCAAGAAGUACCAAUUUCAACCGGAGAUCCAGGGAGUUUCUUAUCACAAUAUCCUCAUUGCGCAUGAUUCCAGGGACUUGUAUGUUGAUGUUGUUGCAAAAGACGACAAAGGUCUUGUCUGGGAAUGGAAACUUUACGCUACUGACUCUGGGGGUAAUGCAACCGACUUCAGCUCUGGAAAGAUUGCUUUCUUGCCGGCCAGCGACCCUACGCUCAAGGAGAACUUUGAGCGCUUGUCGCGUCUGAGUGGCAGGAAACGGUGUGCGAGUCUUCUCCAAGGGAACAGCGCAGAUGACGUGCUUCAGGGCCGAAAUAUCUAUCGGGCGUCCGAGCAAGUGGUCAACUAUACGGAGCUGUUCCGGUGCGUAACCAAAAUAGUUGGAAAGGAGGAUGAGUCUGCAGGCUAUGUCUCAAAGGCAUAUGCUGGGGAGGCCUGGAUGGACCCAGUUUUGACGGAGUGUUUCUGUCAGGUCGCAGGCAUUUACAUUAAUCUCAUGACAGAUCCAUCUGACCUGUGUAAAAGGGGUGUCUACAUCUGCGACGGCAUUUCCGGAUGGAUGCGCAACCCCAAUCUCCAGAGCAUGUCUUCAGCUCCUGAUGCUUGGGAAGUAUUCGCCGUGCAUCACCACGAGUCUGGGCAUAAGUAUGUCAGUGAUGUCUUCGCGUUCGACGCUCGAGAUGGAUCAUUGGCCGAGGCGAUUUUAGGCAUUUCUUCUCGGAUUGUGCCCAUGGAAUCAAUGCGCAAUCUGCUGACUCGGGGCGCUCAGCAAGAAUCUCACUUGUCCACCGUUGCAGUCUCGUCAACUUCUACGCCUGUCCACGCUCCCAUUCCUAUGACGACGGUGAGCUCCGUUCCCUCUCGAUUGGAUUCGUUCCAAGAUAAAAAGUUUGCGGAAAAAGUCGCGAUGCCACCUGGACCAGACGUCUCUGCAAAGACUUUGGAGAUUAUCUCCAAUCUCUCUGGAUUGGAGCCAGAAGAGAUAAAAGAUGACUCUGAUCUCAUUGAACUUGGAAUCGACUCUCUUAUGGCCAUGGAACUGGUGCGAGAAGUUGACGCUGCAUUCAAGUGCACACUUCAAAACGACCAGCUUAUGGAGCUGACCGACUUCGCUAGCCUGAUCUCGUGCAUCCGGUCUACCCUGGGCUUUGACGACGAGAAAAGCGGCGUCUGCUCUGAGGGGAACUCUUCAGUCGACACAGAAGCAUACAUACUUUUGGAAUCGAAUGAGCCCACCUCACAUGUCAAUGGCGCCAACGGUAUCAUCAGCAUUGAUAAAUCAGAUGGCAGCACUAUUCUGCCUGCAUCAGCAGUUGUCGAUGCAUUUCGUGCCAUCAAGUGGGCCACGGAUGAUGCCAUUGUCAAGGGCCAACUGGGAAGCUAUUCUAAGCUGGUCAUACCGCGGUCCACAGAGCUCUGCAUUCUGUUUAUUGUGAAUGCCUUCGAACAACUCGGUUGCCCAAUCCGGUCUGCAGUGCCGGGUCAAGUGCUUAAACGCGUUCCAUACCACCCCAAGCAUGAGAAGUUCAUGAACAUGAUCAUCUAUAGGCUAUUGGAAGAGGACGCUCGUUUGAUAGACAUUAACGGCUCGACUAUCACACGCACGGCGGUUGCACCACCGACUGCAUCUGCGGAGAAAUUGCUCAGCAAGCUGUUGCAGGAUGAACCUGUUCAUGCUGCUGAGCACAAGCUCGCAGCAUUGGUUGGCCAGAAAUUUGCGGAUCUCAUCACGGCUAAAGAGGACGGUCUGCAGCUCAUUUUUGGUACCCCUGAAAGCCGAGAAAUUGCUGCAGAUAUGUAUUCAAACUCCCCUGUCAACACAAUUUGGAUCAAACAGCUUGAGCGACUCCUCGAACAGCUUCUUGGUCAACUUCCCAAAGAUGGACAGCCCAUCUGCAUUCUCGAGGUUGGUGGGGGCACUGGUGGGACAACAAGCAGACUUGUACCAUUGCUCGCCAAAUUAGGGGCCCCCGUGAAAUACAUCAUGACGGACAUUUCAGGAUCGCUCAUUGCGGCUGCUCGCAAGCGCUUCAAGCAGUACCCUUUCAUGGAAUUCAGAGCUCUGAACAUGGAAAGUGAGCCAGAUGCUAAACUCCUACAGAGCCAGCAUAUCAUUUUGGCCACCAACUGUAUCCAUGCGACGCGGAAUCUAUCCAUCUCAUUGAAAAAUCUGCAUCGCAUUUUGCGACCUGAUGGUGCUCUAAUUAUGUUGGAGAUGACGGAGCAAGUGCCGUGGUGCGAUUUUAUCUUCGGAUUGUUGGAAGGAUGGUGGCUGUUUGAGGACGGGCGAGACUACGUCCUCCAGCCAGCUCCAUAUUGGGAGAAGGUACUGCAUUCGGUGGGAUAUGGUCAUGUCGACUGGACUGAAGGAGAUCUUCCCGAAGCACGCAUUCAGCGUUUGAUUAUCGCCCAUGCGUCAGGCCCCAGGUAUGAUCGUGGACCAAACCCUCCUGUGCCGUCCACCUCUGAGCUCAAGUUACCGGACACCUCUGAGCGCCGAGCGAUGAUUGACGCCAUUGUGCACAAGUACACAAGAGACUUUGUUGCCCCGUCACAUAGUGUAUCCCCUACCAAGCUGCCGUCCUUGAGUUCCGGUCAGUGUGUGCUCGUUACCGGUGCUACCGGAAGCCUGGGUGCCCAUAUCGUGGCCUUCCUGGCACAGCGUCCAGACAUCCAUACAGUGGUAUGUCUGAAUCGACUGAGCACGACCGAGGCGACAGUGCGACAGCAAAACUCUCUUCAAAUGAGAGGCAUCUCACUCGACCCAACGUCGCUGUCCAAGCUAACGGUGAUCGAAACGGACACAAGCAAACCCAAUCUGGGACUCUCGCCCGAGAGCUACCAGUAUUUGAUCCAAAACGUGACCAGCAUCGUCCACAGCGCUUGGCCAAUGAGCCUGACACGCCCGAUCAGGACCUACGAAUCUCAAUUCAGGAUUGCGCGGGGUCUCAUCGACCUCGCACGCGAAGUCACCCAGCACCGACCCGCUCCAUUCAAAUUCGGCUUCCAGUUCAUCUCCUCCAGCGCUGUGAUAGCAAACUACCCGCUAUGGGCAGGAACACCACUUGUCCCCGAGAAACCUGGUACAGUCGAAUCCGUCCCUUUGACAGGGUACGCCGAAGCCAAACUCGCAACGGAGCGCAUCGUGGCCGAGACAUUAUAUCGCUUCCCCGACCGGUUUCAUGCGAUGGCGGUCCGCAUCGCCCAGAUUACCGGCUCGACUAGCAAUGGCUACUGGAACCCCUCAGAGUACAUGCCGUUCCUGAUCAGGUCGUCACAGGUGCUCAAGGUUCUUCCCGAUCUCGAUGGCACCCUCUCCUGGUACCCUGUUAACGAUGUAGCUGCCACCCUAGGCGAACUACUCCUGUCUCAAUCUGCGACGGAUCUUAUUUAUCAUAUUGAUAAUCCGUCUCGGCAGACGUGGCGAGAGAUGAUUGCGAUCUUGGCUCGCGCGUUGGAUCUUGGACAGAAGAGUAUUAUUCCGUUCGCUCAGUGGGUGGAUCGGGUGAGGCGUUUCCGGGGGAGUAUUACCGAUAAUCCUGCGUUGCAACUGAUUGAUUUCUUUGAUCAUUACUUCGUUCCGAUGUCUUGUGGUGGGUUGGUGCUGGAUAUUACCAAGUCUCGGCAACAUUCCAAGACGCUGCAGAGCCAGGGUUCUAUUGAUGAGGGUCUUAUGAAGAAGUAUAUUGCCAGGUGGAAAGAGUCGGGAUUUCUGAGCCCAUAG